CGCACAAAUCCAACGUGUCGUAUACUUUUUUCAGUGGUUUCUGCCUUUUCCAACACCAUCAUCAACCAAUAUCAGCAGGGUCAGCAACAACCACAAAACCACAAACUCUCGUUAACGCACACAACCAGGCAGACCAGAAGCCUCGCACCACAACCAUGGCAUUUGUGCAGCAGCUGCGCCAGCGCGCUGGCAUGGCCAUGCGGGCAGCUACCCGCGGCUUCCACGCCUGCCGCCCUGUUCAAAGAGCAGCGAAUGCGCUGCCUGCUGAUGAUGACUUGGACGGCUGGGAAGAGUACCUGACCCAACGCAAACACAAGGAGUUUGACAUUCAGCAUCCCACUCGCGACUAUGUCCCUGAGCAGGAGGUGUCAAACCUCACCGUCAACUUUGGCCCUCAGCACCCUGCUGCCCACGGCGUGCUCCGCCUCGUCCUUGAGCUUGAUGGCGAGAUUGUGCGCCACGCAGACCCGCACGUUGGCCUGCUGCACCGCGGCACAGAGAAGCUGAUUGAGUACAAGAACUACCUGCAGGCCCUCCCAUACUUUGACCGCCUCGACUACGUCUCCAUGAUGUGCAACGAGCAGGCGUACUCGCUUGCUGUGGAGAAGCUGCUCAACAUUGAGGUCCCGGAGCGCGCAAAGUACAUUCGCGUGCUGUUUGGGGAGCUGACGCGUAUUCUGAACCACAUUAUGGGCGUGACGACCCACGCCCUCGACGUCGGCGCCCUCACCCCCUUUCUCUGGCUCUUUGAGGAGCGCGAGAAGAUGAUGGAGUUUUACGAGCGCGUAUCUGGUGCGCGCAUGCACGCGGCGUACGUCCGCCCAGGCGGCGUCUCCCUCGACAUGCCAAUCGGGCUGAUGGAGGACAUUUACCAGUGGGCGCAGGCGUUCCCGGCGCGCAUCGACGAGGUGGAGGAGCUGUUGACGGGCAACCGCAUCUGGAAGCAGCGGCUGGUCGACGUCGGUGUUGUCACGGCCAAGGACGCAUUGGACUGGGGGUUCUCGGGCGUCAUGCUGCGUGGUAGCGGCAUCCCCUGGGACCUCCGCAAGUCGCAGCCCUACGACGCUUACGACAAGGUUGAGUUUGACGUGCCGGUUGGCUCGCGCGGCGAUUCGUACGACCGGUACCUGAUCCGCUGCGAGGAGAUGCGGCAGUCUGUGCGCAUCAUCAACCAGUGCCUCAACGACAUGCCUGAUGGCGAGGUGCGCGUGGACGACGCCAAGGUUGCCCCGCCGCGCCGCGCGGAGAUGAAGGAGUCCAUGGAGGCCCUCAUCCACCACUUUAAGCUCUACACCGAGGGAUACCAGGUUCCACCCGGCUCGACAUACACCGCCAUUGAGGCGCCAAAGGGCGAAUUCGGCGUGUAUCUUGUCUCUGACGGCACCUCCAAGCCCUACCGCUGCAAGAUCAAGGCCCCCGGCUUUGCUCACCUGGCUGGACUUGACAUGAUGGCCAAGGGUCACAUGCUGGCUGAUGUUGUUGCACUCAUCGGCACCCUCGACAUUGUGUUCGGCGAGGUCGACAGGUGAACCAGCCAACACACACGCACACGCACGCCCACGUGCAUGCAGGCAUUCGCACAUUGCAGCCCGUGUGCUUGUGGGCGCGCUGAUGCGACUGAACUUUCCUUGCCUGCUUGUUGUUGUGGCUGGAGACUGUGGGUGGAAUGGUUAAGAUGAAGGGAUAAUGCGACUGUGGUUGAGUGUGAAUGGUGACAGUGUUGUCUUGCACACAGGCUCAGUGUUUGGUGUUGUGGUUGCUGUUGUUGUGAAACUGCAAGUGUUGUUUGGUGAAUGGUCGUUUGUUUGUUUGUUUCUGCCUUUUGUGUGUUGGUUUCUUGUCUGGCUGUGUUCAUCGCAUACAGCUAUCGUAACACAAGUCAUUGUGUUUGUGGUUUUGGCGGAGGUGGUGUUGUGUCAAUACAGAAGAAACAAAAGGUCUA